AUGGCAGAGGGUACGCUUAACAUUGAGGGUGGGGGUAAAAAUUAUGAAGCAAGGAUCACUCUCUUUGUGAUCUUCGCCUGCGUAGUGGCGGCCUCUGGCGGUCUCCUCUUCGGGUAUGAUAUCGGAAUCUCAGGAGGAGUGACUUCCAUGGAACCAUUCUUAAGCAAGUUCUUUCCAUCCGUCGAGAAGAAGAUGAAGAAUGCCGGUGGCGGGAACAUGUAUUGCAAAUUCGAAAGCCAGAUCCUUACAUUUUUCACUUCUUCCCUCUACAUUGCAGCGUUCGUAGCUUCCUUCAUUGCUUCAUUCGUAACCAGGAAAUUUGGUCGGAAACUCUCCAUGUUUUUUGCUGGCUGUGUUUUCUUUCUAGGUGCUAUCUUAAACGAAGCUGCCAGCACCCUUGUAGUCCUAAUCCUUGGUCGUCUGUGUCUUGGUGUUGGUGUUGGAUUUGCUAAUCAGGUUGUCCCUAUUUAUUUAGCGGAGAUGGCUCCAGCAAAGUUCAGAGGAGCACUCAACAUUGGCUUCUCCAUAGCUUACACCAUUGGUAUUCUAAUGGCCAAUCUUGUUAACUACGACACAUCAAAGAUGAAAAAUGGACAAGGGUGGAGAGUUUCUCUAGCUCUUGCCGGCCUUCCGGCAUUGAAUAUGAUUAUAGGCUCACUCUUUUUACCCGAUAGUCCAAAUUCCAUCCUAGCAAGAGGUCGCCCAAAUGAGGCCAAGAGAGUGUUGCGAAGAGUUCGUGGCACUGAAAAUGUCGAGGAAGAGUUCCAGGACCUUAUUCAAGCAAGUGAGGCUGCAAAGAAAGUGGAGCACCCAUGGAUAACCAUCACUAAACCAAGAUAUAGGCCUCAACUUGUUAUUUGCUGUCUCAUACCAUUUUUCCAGCAGCUUACUGGCAUUAAUGUUAUCAUGUUCUAUGCACCAGUUCUUUUCAAGACUUUGGGUAUGGGAGAAGACGCUUCUCUCAUCUGCGCAAUCAUCACCGGUUUGGUUAAUGUCAUCGCUACUAUCGUGUCGAUUGUUACUGUUGAUAGGCUUGGAAGAAGGGCAUUGUUUCUUGAAGGCGGAGUGCAAAUGAUCGUGUGCCAAAUUGGGAUUGCAAUUUUGGUAGGAUUAAAGUUUGGAGUGAGCGGAGUAGGAUCACUAACGAAAGGCGAAGCUAAUAUCCUUUUGUUCUUGGUAUGUAUAUAUGUCGCCGGCUUUGCAUGGUCUUGGGGUCCGUUGGGAUGGUUGGUGCCUAGUGAGAUUUGUCCCUUAGAGAUCCGAUCAGCUGGACAAGCCAUCAAUGUAUCUGUAAACAUGUUCUUCACUUUUGUCAUCGGGCAAGCUUUCCUCACCAUGCUUUGCUCCAUGAAGUUUGGAAUAUUCUACUUCUUUGCUGGCUUUGUUAUUAUCAUGACCAUCUUCGUCGCCUUCUUCAUACCUGAAACCAAGAAUGUCCCAAUCGAAGAGAUUAAUACGGUUUGGAAAGCACACUGGUUUUGGGGCAAGUACAUCCCAAAUGAUGCUAUCAUUGAUGGUACACACGGCGAGGGCAAAGUUGAUUUAUAG